UAGAGCGUUUAUUCGUCAUCGAAUAGUUUUCGAAUUUAUUCCAUUCGGCAAAUUGAUUAUUCUUUCGAUUUUAACGUAAAUUUAUAGAAAAUUUGAAAACUAGUUAAGAAGCUGAAUAAGGAAUUAUUUCUAAAAAUGAAUACAUUUGUUAGAGAUGAAUUACAUAACUUAAGAGUGAAAGGAAAACAAAUAUACACUGAAGGAACGAGUAUUCGUAUAUUUAUGUAUUGUAUUUUAGUGCUUAUCAUCAUUAUAUUCGUCUUCGGAUCAUUUAUGAUUUAUCAGAAAACGAAAAGUUCCUCAUUACCAUGUAUUUCUGCUUCUUGCGUGGAUGCUGCAAUUGACAUUUUGCUUUGGAUUGACGAAUCUAUUGACCCAUGUGAAGACUUUUAUUCCUUUGUUUGUGGUCAAAAACAGAAAAAUUCAUGGAAACAAGGAAUAAUUUCCAAUAAGAUAAUAGAAAAACAGCGGAAAAUAGAUAAUGUUUUAAUAAACAUAUUUAAUAAAAAAAUGAUGAAUUUGACAGCAUCAAUUUCUCGAAAGGCCUUAAAUUAUUAUCAAUUCUGUCUUUAUCCAUAUAAAAGGAAUGAGAAAAAUAUGAUAUCUUACAUGAUAAAGGAAUUUGGGGGAUGGCCCAUAUUGAGAAAUUGGAAGGAAACCGGAUUUCUAUUCAGUGCGGUGGCAUCAGUAACUAAGUUAUCCAAACAUGGCCUUUUUGAAGUGGGAGUAACUUUAAACGGCAAAAAUAAAGCUGAAAAUAUAUUAAUGAUUAAACGUGUUCCGUCAGAUGACGUCACAAAUCAAACGAUAAUAGGUUUGACAUCAUAUCCUUCCGCCUAUCUCACCGCUUUUGAAAUCGAAGAAUUAGAACAAUUGCACGAAGCAAGAAAUUUUGAAGACGAAACUGAUCCUUACGGUUCACUAGAAAUAAUGACUAUUAAAGAAUUCGGCAAAAGAACCACAUUUGACAAAUGGAUCGACUUUUUUAAUAAAGUAUUAGAAGAUGCCAACAAGACUGUUACUGAGAGUGACGCCAUAGCAGUGUACAACGUCAAUUAUUUUAAAAAUCUUAUCGUGACCAUAAAUACAAAAUACAUUAGCGAAAGAACUCUAGCAAAUUAUGUUGUUUUUCAAGCUAUUACUUACUUCGGGAAUUACAUGACCAAAUACAGAAUUAAUAACGUUUCCCAACCUGAUAAGUGCAUUAUGGUGUUGAAGGAUUUAAUGCCGUUUUAUGUCGAUCAUUUAUUUAUAAACGAAAACACGGAUUUAACUUAUAUGAUUAAAUAUAUGAUGGAAUUUAUUACACACGAAUUUGAAAUAUUUUUAAAUCAAUCAUCAUGGAUUGAUGCAUCCAAGCGUAAAUCUUUAAUUAAGAAGCUUGAAAAUAUGCAAUUUUUGUAUGGUUAUGAUACAAAAAUAAAAGAUAUCGAUUACGUAAAUGAUUAUUAUAAACACGUACCAGAUCUGACAGACGAUUGGAUGCAAACGACUUUAUACAUUUCUUAUAUUCCAAACUUAAACAAAUAUUCACAAAUUACCACUCCCGUUAACGGAAUAAGUUGGCCUCAAUAUUCUAUUACAAAUGCACGUAUUUACAACGAAGAAAGUAGCAACGUCAUCGUAAUUCCCGAAACCGUGAUACAAAAGCCAUUCUUUGACAUUGAUGCACCCAGUUACUUGAAUUUUGCGUUAAUCGGAACUUUAAUUAGUCGCGAAUUAAUUCGUUCGGUUAUUGGAAAAGAAGGCAAAAGAAAUGAAUUCCAAUUUGUCGCUGAUUGGUUUGGUGAAGAAGAUAGAAAACAAUUCGAAAAAAGAAUUCAAAGUUUCAAACAACAAUACAAUGCUCUAAAUGUUUCUAUGGAUAAUGCAGAGAUUAAUGUUGAUGAAUUAAGUAACAUUGGAGAAAUUCUUCAUCGUAUAACAGCUGAUGAUAUGGCAAUCGGAUUAGCUUACCGAGCUUAUCAGCGUUGGGUAAACAUAAAUGGAGAAGAUCAAUCACUUCCACGAUUAGAAAAUUUUACCAUCCCUCAACUAUUCUUUUUAUCUAACACUAAUUUAUGGUGCACCGGAAGAAACAACUCAUUCGACAAAUAUGGAAUCAAUAUUUCUCAUAGAAAUGUGAAAGAAUUCAAUGAAGCUUUUGAUUGUAGGUCAAAAUCUGCUUCCAACUCUAGUAAAAAUGCAAUAUCAUUUAGUGUUGUGUAUUAAAAAAUAAAAAAAUUUAGUGAAA